AUGCAGACGCAACAAUCGUGGUGGCAGUACUUUCUGCUCAGUUUCCUGUCUUUACUCGCUAUCCGCUAUGCAAGCAGCGCAAGCACACCGUCGUUGAAUACCACUCUCGACGCAGUUGCCACAAUUACAUGCCAAUCAGAAGACUCGCCAAAUCCAAUUGCAUCGACAUACCCAAACAACGCCACUGGAGUCCUCAACGGCACAGUCUCAAUCGUUCCUAUCCCACUGGACCUCGCACGCCAACUAAUUCCCUCUCAAUACCGCAUCUUGGAACAUGCUUACCGCCACCUCCUCCCCACAUUCCCAAAGGACAUGUACCCUGCCGUCGUCCAAGCCGUGCACGAUCACGACAUCCGAUUCCAAGGCUUCAAUAUCCCAGACUUCUCGCGUGCAGGAAUCGAAUUCCCCUUCCUCGACCUCCUAGGCGACAACUCCACAUCCUUCAAAUGGGUACCCUCGCUCUUAAUAUCCGCCGACAAUGCCGCUGCCAUCCAAGGAGCACAGGCUUAUGGCACCACCACCUACCCUUCCACCUUUGACCCCACAUGCAACUCCUACCGUGCCGUGCCCUCCGCCGCUCACCCCGGCACCACUUCCUACGGCGGCCACAGCGUCGAAGCUGGGGCCGCGUGUGCAGACACGCAAUUUCACAGCACAUCUCAGCAACCGUACCCGCUUAGUUUCUUCGUCAACGUCACGAAUCAAAUCAUUUUCGCAGACGGCAAGUCCUGCGAUAACAUGAUUCGUCUCUUCAACACGAGUUUGAGCACCGCGCCAAAUCGUAUUGAGAAUGUUAAAGGGUCGGUAAGAGCGAAGAUGGAGCCGUUCAAGACGGAGCAGGUGUGGGAUGGGGUUUAUGGCAUUAGAUUUGCAUCGGCGUUUAUCGAGAAUAAUUAUCUUCCGUGUGAGAACUUUCGGGGGUACGGCGCGUAG